AGCGCGCGGCCGCCUGUCGCGACAGUCAGUCGGGCCCGGGGAGGCCCAGAGGAGGGAGGUGGCCUGUCGCGCGCGCGCGGGGCGUCGGGCUCCCGCCGGCCAAGGGGGGCGCGGGCGGAUGGCGGAAGGCGCCCAGCAGCAGCAGCAGCAGCAGCAGCAGCAGCAGCAGCAACCGCAGCAGCCACUGCAACCACUGCAACAGCCGCAGCAACCGCAGCAGCUGCAACAGCAGCAGCAGCAACAGCAGCAGCAGCAGCCGCAGCAGCUCGGGCCCGGCGCCGCUGCCCGGGGGAUGAAGCGGGAAUCGGAGCUGGAGCCUUCGGUGCCCGGAGGAGGAGGUGGAGGAGGAGGAGGAGGAGACGAAGCCGAGCCCGGCCUGAGCAAGCGGCCGCGCACCGAGGAGGCGGCGUUGGCCGACGGCGGCGGUGGGAUGCAGAACGAGCCUCUGACCCCAGGUUAUCAUGGAUUCCCAGCACGGGACAGCCAGGGUAACCAGGAGCCAACAACAACUCCUGACGCAAUGGUUCAGCCUUUUACAACCAUCCCAUUUCCACCGCCGCCACAGAAUGGAAUUCCCACAGAAUACGGAGUGCCACACACCCAGGACUACGCUGGCCAGACCAGUGAGCAUAACCUGACACUCUACGGAAGUACACAGGCCCAUGGAGAGCAGAGUAGCAACUCACCAAGCACACAGAACGGAUCUCUGACGCAGACAGAAGGGGGUGCGCAGACAGACGGCCAGCAGUCACAGACACAAAGUAGUGAAAAUUCAGAGAGUAAAUCAACCCCCAAAAGACUGCAUGUGUCCAAUAUUCCUUUCCGCUUCCGGGACCCCGACCUCCGGCAGAUGUUUGGGCAGUUUGGCAAAAUCCUAGAUGUAGAAAUAAUCUUUAAUGAACGUGGCUCUAAGGGAUUCGGGUUCGUAACUUUCGAGAAUAGUGCUGAUGCAGACAGGGCCAGGGAGAAAUUGCACGGCACCGUGGUAGAGGGCCGUAAAAUCGAGGUGAACAAUGCCACAGCGCGUGUAAUGACCAAUAAGAAGAUGGUCACACCAUAUGCAAAUGGUUGGAAAUUAAGCCCAGUUGUUGGAGCUGUAUAUGGCCCUGAGUUAUAUGCAGCAUCCAGCUUUCAAGCAGAUGUGUCUCUAGGCAACGAAGCGGCCGUGCCCCUGUCUGGAAGGGGGGGCAUCAACACGUACAUUCCUCUAAUCAGUCUCCCUUUAGUUCCUGGCUUCCCUUACCCAACUGCAGCCACCACGGCGGCCGCUUUCAGAGGCGCUCAUCUGAGGGGCAGAGGGCGGACAGUCUAUGGCGCAGUUCGAGCGGUACCUCCAACAGCCAUUCCUGCCUACCCAGGUGUGGUUUACCAGGACGGAUUUUACGGUGCUGACCUCUAUAUAGAAUCUGCAAACUGCUUCAGAUCAAACAGGGUGGAUAUGCAGCCUACAGAUAUGCACAGCCUGCUACUGCGACCGCAGCCACCGCUGCUGCCGCUGCCGCCGCCGCUUACAGCGACGGUUAUGGCAGGGUCUACACAGCCGACCCUUACCAUGCCCUUGCCCCUGCCGCUAGCUAUGGAGUUGGCGCUGUGGCGAGUUUAUACCGAGGUGGCUACAGCCGAUUUGCCCCCUACUGAAGUGACGUGAACCCCCUGCCAAUGGGACAGCCCCCCAGUUCAUGAGGCCUGGCUAUUGCAAUAUUUACGAGUAGAGGAACUCUAUAGCAAGAUGAAGAGGAAAAACAAAACAAAACAAAAACAAACAAAAAAACACUCAAAAAAAAGAGAGAAUACUUUUUUAUACCUCACUAUGUUCUUUGAAUAUGUAUUUUUUUCCUUUAAAUUUCUGCCUUUAAUUCUUUUGUUCCAAAGAUUGUGCAUUUUUUUUCUUUUUUUUUCUUUUUUUUUUAACUGUGGUAAAAAAAAAAUAAUGCAUUUCCAUGUCUGUAUGUUCGUGCUUAGCUUAUUCUAUCAAUCAUGGAAGAGGCAGUUAUGAGGAAGAAGAUUCUUUUAGGAGCCGAUGAAAGCAUCUGAUCAGAAGUCAGCAGACAGAAUUACCAAAGUGUGUCUAAUACUGAAUGACUGGGGGUCGGGCAGAAGUGAGAGAUCUUUCUGCCCACAGAAUAUUCUUCUAGUCUCUGAUUUUCUGGUCUGUGGCAGGAAUUCUGGUUGUUUGUGGCGGGGAUCCACACGCCAAGAGAUGAUAAGAACUUGUGCUUGCAACGCAGGAGAAUUGUUAGACAACCUUCCUCGCCUCUUUCCGCCCAUCUUCUCCAUCCUAAUUGCAAUCAGUCCUCUUUCAGGCCCAGCCUGAGACGUCUGCGCGCACGUGUGUUGUUUGGAAUGCAAGUACAAGCAUUGCCAAACCUCUCAGAACUGUGGGUGAUCAACACCUCAUUAGGAAGAUCUCAAAAUGAACUCUGGAGUAUGGGGGGGGAAAAUAUCAUUCUUUGCUUUCUUGUAUUCCCAGCAUUUCUGCUAGACUUCUUCCCUUUCCAUUGAACCACAGUUUAGCUCAUCUGUCCUUAGAUUAUUAACACCCUGCUCCCAUGUCCUCAAGAUUCAGGAAUUUUGGACCCAGGGACAGAAGAAUAAAUAGCCAGCAACUAGAUUUCCUCUCCCCACCCCCGGGCAACAUGGGCAUAGCCCGAGGGUUACAAGUGCAGGUUGUGAGCCUAGAGAGGCAGAGGAGAACAAGGGAUAUUUGAUGAAACCAGCUGGCCUCUCUGAUAUUCCUCAUCUCUCUUUUUCUCUCUCUCUCAAACAGAAAGUUCAGGACAAAGUCUGAAGCAUAGGUGAGCUGACUUCAUUUGCCAGAGGAAGCAGCAAGUCUUAGGCCAAUUUCCCUGCAAAUUUGGAUGAUGUUAAGGGCAGUCCCAGGCACUUUGUACUUGCUCCAAAGCCAUAGGAAUUUUCAUCUUCCAGAGCCUUUAUGAGUCACUUCUCUCCCCACAGUCUUGAGCCCUCAGUGGCCGUUCUACCCAGGUCCCAUUAUCCUCCAAAGACACCCACUCAGCACCCAGACAGACCACUUGGUCUGCAUGGACAGACACUACAGGGCCUAAGAUGCAGGCCCCCACAAGGCUGCUCUCCGUACCAGGAGGGUCUGGAAUGGAAAGAAUCUCAUGCUACUAGCCCGAGGCAGGCUUUGAUGCUGCCGUUAUGAUGGACAAGGUGGGGGCAGAAAGGGCUCCCCUUCUAGUGGUCAACGUGGCUGCGAAGGCCAGGGCCCGGCAUAUUUCCUUGGUAGAGGUGUCAAACCAGGACAAGCAGCAUCCGCGUGGCUCCCUGGUCUCAUUGGUACCAGCGUGACCUUUCACCCUGCGGCAUCACUGCACAGGCAGGACUACUGGGCAGGGUACUUCUGCUUUGUUAGUGUUGUUUGGGCUUGGGGGUCUGUCUUGUUUUUGGUGUUGAACCCUUGACUGGUAACUGACUUGCAUCUGAGUUAAAACCGGCAUGCGGCAGCAUCUCAGCUCUUUGUGCUGAGACAUUGAUGUCUCUGGGAGUGCCUGGCCAAUCUGGUGGGCUACAGACCUUCUUUCCUUGCAAAACCUCUCCUGAGGGCUUGGAAAGGAGCGGGCCCCUGAAAUUGAAGGGGUCACAUAUCAAGGAAGCUAGAGGCCUUGAUGCACCUUUUUCUUGAUUCCAGGGAGGCUGGCGCAGAGUAGGGGGACACCAGACCACCUGGCCAACUGGCCGCGUGUAAGGGCUCCCCUCCUCAAGCCAAAGUGGGGUGUAUUGCUGUUAAGACAAUUUUUAUCGUAUGUAAAUAAGUAAUUUUAGUUAGAGGAAGGGAAAUGGGGUGUGGGGUUUUCGCAGGUCUAAGGGAUUUGGGGGACAGGGGAUUUCCCCCCCCCUUUUGGUUUCUUUUUUCCUUUUUGAGGGAGAGCUAUUACUGACUCGAGAAACUGAAGAGUAGCGUGUCGUGUCAUGGUUUAAAGGGCCAUUGACGCGGGAUGGCCAGCCCUAAGCCGGUGGAGUCGAGGCCAGACUGGGAAAGGUGGUUCCUGGUCGAGGGAGGAGAGAGGAAGGAGGGGGAGAAGGUUGUCUUCUUCCUCCCAUGCCAAGGGGAAGGCAAGCAGGAGAGAGCAGCGCCUGGUGUGCGCUUCAGUUCAGCGGGCUCUGGCUGAGCGCCCCUUCGAGGCUCCAUGUGUGGGUGCCCUCCGAGGGCUCUGCUGAGCUGGGCACCCCUAGAUGAGCCCCGUCACCUCCCACAGGCUCCACUGCUCUCCCAGCUCUCGGAUCUGAGCAAGACUAGGCGUGGGGUGUUCAGAAGAGCCACUGGCUCUCAGGUCUACACCAAGACUGAGGUCCCUUCUCCAGUGCCCAGCUCGGGCAUCCUCAACCUCCCCCUCAGCCUUUGAAUGCUUUGUCUCUGCGCAGCCCUCCCAGACCCCUCAGAGGCAGGUUCCUCAAAGCUGUGGGGUCCUCUGUUCCUGACUUGAUUUCCCUUUGGUCUCCAACCGGAGUCAGAAGAUAAAGUUGGGCAUCCACACCUUUCUAGGAGGUACCAGUCGGCAGCGUCCCUAGACGCAGAAUCCCAGAACCCAGAACGACUUUGCCGGCUGUGUAGUAGGUGGCACGUGCCGUGGACCCCCGAUAUUCACCUUCCUCUUGGAAGCCUUGAUGAGCUUCUCCCCUGCCAUGAGCCCCUUCAGGGCUGUCCAGUUCUGCAGGUUCCCCCUGUGACCUCUCUUAUACCUAGCGUCAGCCAGAACUCCCACAUGUUCCCUAGUUGCCCUCCCAUUGACCCAAACCAGCCGCUGCGAUCACUUUGUCCCGCCAUAAGGCUCUCGGGUUGCACAGAACCUAUGUAGACCACCAUCCGCCCCAUCCAUCUCAGUCAGAAUUGAGCCAGUUGUAUUUUUCCUUGAAGAAAAGGGAAAGUCGGGGGAGGGGCCUCAGCUCUGCAUUUCAGGGGCGCUAGCGGCCAUCUGUCCCCUAGAAAUCACUCAGCAUCUUUUCUGCCAGGGGCUGAGCCACUCUUAGUUUAGCUCAUCUUUUUUCCUAGAGACCCAGCAGAGGAGUUGGCGGGACACCUGCACGCCUCCCCUCAAAAAAUGGAGCUGCCAAAAGCAGCCCCAAGAUAUGCACAAGGGGCUUGAGAAGCCCCCUUGCCUCCAGCAGGAGAGCAAGGCCCUCUUAGGAGCAUGGGGUGGGGAUGCUCAGCUGGGCAGGAGACCAAGAUCGGGGUGACUGCCUGCUCCCCUCCUCUAGCCCAAUUUGGCCCCUUCCUGCACAGAACCAGUAGCAGAACUGCAGACUUUUCCCUCCCCCACACACCCCCAGAUAAUAGGAGGAAAGGGACUUUGGGGGGGUGGGGAAGGGGUAGUGGUGUUUUCCAAGCUGAAGUACCAGUUUGCACUGUUUUAAGAUAGUUAAGAAAUAGUGGACAAAGUCAAACAGCCGACGUCAAUGUAUGGUAUUUCUUUUGUCCUGCUCUUGAAACUGACCAUUCGUAGUAGACACCAGUGAAACUUGAUUCUCUGUUGCAGAAAACACACAAUACUUUUCUUCCUUUUUUAUUUUUUUAGUUUUGGAAAUGUUCCUGUCCCCCCCAAAAAAAGCCUCUGCCCUCUCUUUCCCCUUUCCCUCUGGACUUCCUUCAGACUUGCUUUCCUGACCCAAAAGGCAAAUAGCCAUCAAGGACGACCAUGAAAGCAGGAGGGCCCUGUCCAAGCAGGCUCCAUGAGAGCCUGACCAGCCUGUGUCCCCCACUCCCACCCAGCGUGGUGAGUGCGAUCACACACGGCUGGCAUUUAUCUUUGCAAAGAGGCCCAAGGCUCAGACUCCGGCAAGUUCUCCGGUUGGGUCCAACAAGCCCAGCGAGAGAAGGGGACUCUCAAGUUUUGCAGUUGGCUGUUGUAGUUCAGUUCUUCACCAUGUUACAGGAACUGUAGCCAGUUACAUAUUACUCAGGAAAUCGGUCGAUCAAUUCAGCCAUGGUAGUGCUGGUUGCCAGGGAUUGGUAACCGAGAACCGUCACCAGCCACAACUGAACCUUGCCUUUCCCGAGACGGCUUGGCAAGGGGCGCAGGCCUCUCCCCCACCCCAGUGGUUCUAGGUGCCGUGUGUGGUGAGGGUGCAGCCCACAUGGGCAAAUGAAAAGGGAACCUACCUGGUUUCUCUCCCCCACUCCCCACCCUUCCUCUGCCCCGCCUGGAUACCAACAGCAGAUUCCCGGGGGAGGGGGGAGGGCAUGAACUUUUGGAUUUUUCUUUCUGGUUUUUUUUUUUUUAGUUUUGGCUUUUUCCGGGGACUUGAUAAGUGCUUUAAGCAAUGUCUGUACCCCCGUGUAGAUUCCCAUAUUUAGUCACUUCCUGGUAUUUUUCUGUUCACCAGUAUUUGCGUGUGCGUGUGUGUGUGCCUGUGGUGACAGCUCAUCCCAGCUGGAUUAUAUAUCGAUUAAUUGAUUCUCUUUAUUUUUUUCCCCCAUAAGGGAUAAUGAACUGUUUUUUGGGUUGCUGUUGUUGUUAUUGUUGUUGAUGAUGAUGAUUUUUUAUUUUUCUUGUGUUUGAAUUCUGCUUGUGAAUAGCUGGAGCGAACCUGGGGCUGACCCAUGUAAGCUAUAGGGCUGUAGGGUGAAAAGAGCCGGAGGUGGAGGCACUGGGUAGGGGGCGGGAGGGGCGUCUCCUGGUCCACGACAGACCCCCACCGCAGUCUCUGAGCGCUUCAGUCCAAAUCUCUGCAAGGCUGAAAUGCCACCAAACCUCCCCUCCUCCUCUUCCUUCUCUUCCUCCUCAUGCCCUGUGGCAGGGACCCCACCUUCCCUCCAUGCACCUACAACUUCUCCUGCCCCCCUCCCCAAUUGCCAUGGCAACCCAGGUAUCUUUGGGGGCACAGGGCAUCACUUGGGAUGCUUGUAUAAUUGACCACCUCGCCUUUCCUUCUCCUCUUCUCCCCUUCCCUGGCCCCCAUCACUUCCUAGGACAGUGCCCAGGGUCCUGUUUCCCUGCGAAUCCAGAGAAGCGCCCCCACCCGGGCUUUGUGACAGUCUCUGACCCCCCUUCUCGUUAAGAAUCAUACGUAUAGUAGCUUUCAGACCAUACAGUAUUCAUUGGCUUAUUCCUAUUAUUAUCAAGUAGCUGGAAUUGUGAAGGUCGGAGUAGUUAGAUCUUUAGCUUUUAUUCCUUAUUUUUUUUUGUAUUACUAUCCAUGUGUAUAAAUUAUUGAUCAUGUUGCUGGCUUUUAUAAACUCUAAGUAAAGGAGGAGCGUCUGCCUCCACCUUUGCAAAUGGUAAUGAAGCACUGUUUUUAAAUAAAAGAGAGAAACACCA